CGGCGACCCAAAAUAGGGAUGACUUGAACCAAAAAGCACACAUCGGAUCAUGUGAGCAUGUGACGACAUGACUGACAGGUGGAGCAGACAUGCUGUAACUGGGACACCACAGUGCUGGGGGUCAGUCUCGCCAUGAAGGGCUCCAGCUCCAAAUGGGCCUUCUCCCUGGGCUUCUUGGUGGGGGCCUGCAGUAUCUACUUCUUCCUGCGCCAGGUGUGGUUUGAGAGGAGCUACCCCAUACUGUCAGAGGCUCAGGAAAAAGCCACAGCGGUGUCUGAGAGCCCAACCAGCUGGAGGAAAGAGGGAGCUGCUCUCAUCAACCCGCUCCACACUCACCAUGAAGAUGACGACAGCCGGGUUGCAGAUGCGUUGUACCAGAAGGUUCGUGUUCUCUGUUGGGUGAUGACUGGACCGUAUAACCUGCAGAGCAGGGCCCGCCAUGUCAGGGCCACCUGGAGUCGCCACUGCAACGUGGUGCUGUUCAUGAGCUCUGAGGAGGACCCCGACUUCCCCACUGUAGGCCUGGGCACGAAGGAGGGCCGUGACCAGCUCUACUGGAAGACCAUUCGAGCUUUCCAUUAUGUCUACGAGCACCAUGCGAGUGAAGCAGACUGGUUCCUUAAAGCUGACGAUGACACCUAUGUGGUAGUGGACAACCUGCGCUGGAUUCUGUCCAACCACACACCUGAAGAGCCCGUCUACUUUGGCAAACGUUUCAAGCCUUUCACCAAGCAAGGCUACAUGAGCGGAGGUGCAGGCUAUGUGCUUAGCAAAGAGGCUCUCAAGAGAUUUGUUGAAGGUUUUCGAACCAAGGUUUGCUCACACACCACACCCGUAGAGGACUUGGCACUGGGGCAGUGUUUGGAGAAGAUGGGCGUUCUGGCGGGGGACUCCAGAGAUACUUUGCAUCGAGAAACCUUCCACCCAUUUGUGCCAGAGCACCAUCUAACUGGCAAGUUCUCCAAGAGCUUCUGGUACUGGAGCUAUUGUUACUACCCAAUUAUUGAGGGUCCACAGUGCUGCUCUGACUUGGCAGUAUCUUUCCAUUAUGUAGAAGCAGAGCUUAUGUACACACUGGAGUACUACACCUAUCACCUGAGAGCGUACGGCUACAAGCCACGCUACCGGCCCUCCUUGCGCCAGGGUCUGAGCCUCAGCCCACUGUCACAGACAGCCGUGACGAUGGAACUUAAAGGAGUUCAGGAGGUGACCGAUGGAAGGAGUCACACAACUUUAGCUUUUUCUGUGAGUGGAAACCAGACUAAAGCAGAGAUGUUGUCCGAGAAAGGGGAAAAGGACAACCACGUUACCGAGAACAGGACUGCAGUCACUCAAGGCAGGCACCACUGA